ACCCAAGGCAACGUAUGACGUUUUGCGUCAUAUCUACAUUUAUUAUUGUCGCUUUUAAAUUUUGAUUAUGCAGUGGCCGAGCAGAAAUGUGCAAAUGGGGGGCAUUUUACACCCCGCCAAAGCGAAUUAUAGUCCAGAAACGCAUCAAUUUUUACGAGUGCUCAUGGAUGAGAGCAAACUAACAAUGAUGCAGCGCAAAAAAUUCGACUAUUGCCUCCGCAACGGUGACCCUUUGCCUUUGCCAACAAAUCGUAGUUGCGAUUCGAUAACACCUAGGAAAAAAGCACCUAGAGUGUUGAUUCGUCCUGGGAGUUCUAAACGUCGGAGUUGGGAAACCAUCCACAAGUCGGGUGCUUACGAACGAGAAAAAUUUGUUCCUCGUGGACCAAAAAUCGAUAGGGAAAAAGAGAAAAAUCGUUUGCAAAAUAAAAUGGCUUAUGGUAAAGAAGUUGAACCGAAGCCAUUAUCAAAAGCCAAGAAAUCACCGGAAACGGAGGAAACUUUUAACAGAUUUGAUCAACUUGUACAUGAAAUAAAAGAAAGGGAGGAGUGGCUGAAACAAAUGGAAGAACUUGGUGAAGGAAAGCAGCAUAGAUUAGUGAUUCAGCAGCAAAUACAAGCGAGAGUUAGGGAGAUGGAGCAGUUGAAGAUAGGRGAUUUGRAUAUGGCAGAAUCGUGAUKAUGUUCGCUUCUGCAAUAUUUUAUUWAUAAAAUUUGUAUUUGCA